AUGGGUCAACUACUUGCCGGACAACAGGUAGAGGAGAGAGAACCGGUCAACAUACUUCCAAUUCAAAGAAAUGCAUUGCCACAACAAGCAACACAACAUCGUUCAACUCAUAUGAUGCGAAUGAUGGCGCCAACUCCUAUUCAUAUGAUGCGAAUGAUGGCGCCAACUCCUAUUCAUACGAGCCAACAUCGCCGUAAGCCACGUCGAAGAAAACAACGAACGCGACACGCUCCGGAAGUUGGCCGAAAGUCUUAA